UCAAUUCUCCCAAAUAAGUAUAUGUGAUUACAAGGAAAACAAAAAUUAGGCUGAAGACUAUGAUAUUAAAAUUACUUAUAAGAAAAUAAAUAAGAAACAGAGGAAAAGGUGAAGGAAAAAGUCUCUCCGUUUUCUUCGUCAGCCUUCCUUUCUCCUUUUCUGUGUCUCCUUUGGCACCGAACCAAAAACAAAGCAAAGGCAGAAGACAACAAACCACUACCAUCACAACAAUGCCUGCGUUGAACAACUUUUCCGCCGCCGAGAAAGAAGACGACCAACUUGGUCGUACCACACGAGCUGAGGAGAAAGAAGAAGAUCCGGAAAACAUGGAUGUAAUGGAAGAAGAAGGUUCCAAGGAGAGAAGUCCAUCUUCUACAUCAGAAGAGCAAUCAGAAUCAGAAUUUAUAGAAGGUAUUGAUCUAGAGGAUAUCCGUAAGUACGUGCAGUGUCCUAUAUGUUUAGGAAUUAUAAGGAAAACAAGGACUUUCAUGGAAUGUCUCCAUCGGUUUUGUCAAGAGUGCAUUGAUAAGUCAAUGAGAUUUGGGAACCAUGAGUGUCCUGCUUGUAGAAAACAUGUACCCAGCCGACGUUCAUUAAGACCCGACCCCAAAUUCGAUGCUUUUAUUGCAGCUAUAUUCGGAAAUGUCGAUAGUAAUGAGGAGCAGGAUUUGGCUUUUGAUGAAGAUGAGUUGGCUCGUAAUAAGCAGUUUCAAGCAACUAUAGCUCAAGUAUCGCAGAGACAAUCUGAGGCCCUUGUGAAGUCUUCUGGUAAAGAUGCAGGGGUCUUACCGAGAUCACAGCCUAGUGGUAGUGGCUCCAGAAGAAGGAGGAGGAACAGCAGAAACAUGGUGCAUGAUACAUCACAAGCCGCCCAUGAUGAUGAUGGUGAUAACAACAGAGUCAACGCUUCGUCUUCUGCUAAAAUACUGCCGAGAAAAAGAAAUAGGCGCUCUGCAACUCGUUCUACAGCUCACCCUUCUUCUUCUUCAUGUCCAAGCAACAAUGAUAAUAACUGCGCUAAUAAUGUCACAGAGGAGGCGCAUCAUAGAGACAGCAGAGGCAUAGCACAUGGGUUUGCAUGGGGAAAAGGCGGCAGAAGGAGUAACGCAAGGCAAGCGAAUAAUAACCAAGGAGCUAGUAGUAGUAAGAGUGUUAGGAAUGCUCGCUUGAACAGACUUGUGGAUUAUCUCAGUACCUUAGAGAGUAACAGUGUCUAGGUAACAAAAGAAAUUGCAUUUUCUUGACCUGUGUCUAAAGAUUGCAGAUGAUAAUAUUAAUGUUUUGGUUUUGUAAAAACUUAAAUCUGCACUGCAGUUGGAUUUGGCUG